UGUUUGUGAAUGCAUGGUGGAAAUAAAGUAUUAUAGGCUAGAUCUAUCUUCACUGGUCUAAGUGCUCAUGCAUUCACUUGUUUGUCCCCCAACCUUUCUCCCCUCAUCUACUCUCUCCAACAACCAUCAUCUCUUUCUUCUCUUUGGCAUCUUUCAUCCUUAGAUCUUGUUCAUUGCAUCCAUCCCAAGCAGAAUAAUCAAUAUUUCAUCCAUUGCGAGGCUGCUGAGAGCGCUUUAGCAAACAACCAGGAAGACCUACUCCGUACAACCCAGCGAAUCCCUCUUCAAACAAUUCCUCCCCCCCCCCUCUUUCUCUCUAUCGUCUUGAUCCGUUUUAUUUUCCCAUAACUAGCUGGAAGCUCAUCAGGAGCGACGAUGGCGACAAAACAGCGCCUGACGUUGGCGUCGAUGUGGGCGUUCGAGGGUAUAGGAGUACAGGAGAUACAGAAUGAAUUCAAAAAAGCCAAUCCCGAUUUGAACAGUCCCUUGAAGUAUUCGAAAGCAGAUGAUGUUCUUGUCAUGAAAGGAAACUUUGAAGGCUCCUCCGCGAAGCUCGUAUCGGUCAUGUCGGAUUUUGUCGAAGAACAGAAGAACAAAGACCUCUUGGAUAUGCCGCGGAUCCGCCAAUUGGACGUCCCCUCGAUGUUCGACGACGAAGACGAUCAGACCAAGGUUGAAUCUGAGAAGGACCGCAAAGAGGAUCUGUUGACGCUUGUCGAUGAUUCGAAUGACGAGUUGAUCCCCGUGUCCCUCAAUCGUACUACUAAACACUGGAUUUCGGAGAAGGGUGGUCUGGGUUGCCUUGCCAAUUCCCAGGAGGUUCUUGGGGAUAUUGCGGCGAUGACGGAUACGGAGAUUGCGGUCAUAGAUGACACCCUUGGGAUCCAGGUGACUGGUCAAUACCAUGUUGAUGUUGAGGAUGCUUUGGCGAAGUUGACUCGGAUUGAGAAGCCAUUGUCCCUCAUUGAAACUCCUCGAAUUACCAACAUGAUCAUGGCGCAACACAAUGAGAAUACUCGCGUUCGAAUCCAGAACUACAGCGAGAUAAACUCCGUGGCCCUGCGUCGGAUUCUCACGGACCCUAAUUUGCCAUUGAAUGCUACCCUCAACCAGAUGUUUGCUACGUUUCUUCUCGCUCUCGACCCCGAUACUCUGAAGUUCAAUCUGCCGGACAAUCUUCUCAACCCUUGCAAGGUCUCCAAUGAACCCGGCAAGUCACGCAUUUGGAACGACUUUACUUACCAAGGAAUCGGAAAGGGAGAUGAGUUCAUCAACAUGGAGUCAAUCAUUGAGAAGGACACGGCUAACCCACAGGCGGUAACUUCUGGAAUUGCCCCUCCCCAUCCAUUUCUAUCCGUUGAGAAAGCCACGCGGGUGAACCAGUGGGUCGUCGAGAGAGUUGAGAUGGAGAAUGAGCCUGAACCAGAGCCUGAGCCCAUCGCACUACAGCUUGAUCAGCUUGAAGGCCCUCGCGAGACACCAGCUCCUGCCACCGGUGUCAAGAAAACCCCUGGUAUCCGAACGCGCAAGGCUGCUGGGGCCGCUACACCUCGAGCAGCACCAGAGCCCACGGUUGAGAAUACCAAAGCCUUGUCCACUGUCCCUGAGAAGAAGACCUCGACUCCUCGCAAGCGAUGGAAGAUGCAGUACGAGCCUACCGAUAGGGUAUCUUCACCUACCAAUCUUAUGCUCAAGGGCCCAGACUCCCCUCACGACUCUACUACGACGGUGCGGCCAGAGUCUCCUGAGGACAAACUACGGAUGCCAACUUUUGACCCGACAAAGUACGGCUUGCAAAGCCCCCCUCAGCACUCAGCCAGGAACUCAUUUGGCAGUUCUACUUCUCCGCAGAGCUCACAAGCGAACGUUGAGACCUUACCCGUGGCGCCCAAGAAAAAGCCGGUCAAGCGUGAGGAGCUUAUCGAUGUACUCACGCCUGUUGCUUCUGGGAAGCCAACCUCGCACUUUAUGCUUUCAUUCGAUCAGCCUGCGCUAGUUCCGCAAGUCGCCAAUCAUGUCGAUAAGACAGAUGCGCAGGACAUACAGGUCCCGGAUAGGACCAAAGGCUCAACUCCUCCGGACUUGCUUGACCUUGAUUUCGAAACCGAGAGCAGAGUCUUGGGACCUAGCACUGCUACGACAACCCUUUUGAGCCCGACCGGUUCGAUUAGUGGUGAGGAUCUGACUUGGCAGGAGAAGAGGCUCCGGGAUUUGAAGUCAUCUCUACGCGAGAAGAAAGACACGUCUGGCUUUGACGACAAUGCCUCGACCGUCUCUAAUAUAUCGCGUCCUCCCAAAGACCGGCGUGAGAUCAACACGCGGCUUGCCCGUCAGAGAAUCGCGGAACUCGAGAAGUCCGUCGAAACGGUGAAGAACACUAAUGACGAAGCGGACACCAGAGAGUUCCAUCGCACCAUGAACCACAAAGCGGGCAAACCAAGUGAGAAAGCGAAAAACAAGGCCGAAGCCAAGGCUAAACGACAGGCCACUCUCGAGGAUGCUUGGGGAAUUCCUAAGCCAGCCAAGAAAGCACCAGCUGAAUCGCCCAAAAUGCCAACCGAUCUCAUCGUCAAACCCAGGACAGCAUCCUCUGAUGCUAAGAAGCAGGACCUGCAGGACUUGCGACAGCAAGAAGUAGAGAUCAAGAGCGUUUUCGAAGCGUUGAGACCUGCCCUUGAAGCUGCUGAGUAUUUCAGCGGUCCAUUGACUUUGGAAGCACAAUUCGGCCUUGUUCUCAUACCUCUUCUGCCCAAGACAUACAACCAGGACUCAAUUACAGUGGACGAGUGGACGAGGAUCUUCCAGCCACGCAAUGGCCUUCCUGCGCCGACGACGAAGUUUAUCAAUCGACUUACCACGGCUGGCUCAGAUGUUGACCAUAUUAUUGAUUUCAAAACGUCAAAAUCUGAGGGCAAGCGCCAUAUGUUCGAGCAGGACUACACGGAGUACAAUGUCUCUUACGAGUUUCACUGCCGGGCUACUGCAGACCAGCCUUUCACCAUAGCGAUCGACGAACAAGGUAGACAUUCGAUUCGGAAGCCAACAAAGACGCUCGGUGCUGUCAACAUGCACUUUCCUGCCCAGAUCUGGGAUGCCAGCAUGGUUCUCUCUGGUGUUAUCGAGCACGUGGCUGGUACAGAUCCGGAACUCGAAGAGGCAGUUCGGUAUCUUGUCGAUAAUCUCUGGGUGCAACCGGACAAGUCUCUCAUCCGUAUCUUCAGCCGUCUUCCCAAGGGAGACAAGUUCGUUAUCGAGAAAGUGCUCAUGAGACGCUGGACUCGCCAUCGACACAUCCGUAACGGAGAUGCUGCUGCUGACAAUGCUACAUCCCCGAAAGCAGAAAACCAAAUCAUCGUGGUCAACGACAACGACAACGACAACGACAUCUUCCUCCAGGUCACCGAAGUCCAAGACCUCUUAAUCGGCUCCAGCACAUCAGACAGCCAAGCCCUACGAGCCCGCUGUGCACCGUACCCCGAAAUGAUCAAAAAAGACAGACUCUGGUACGAAGUCUCCCUCGUCAGCCCCGCCAUCGAAGCCUUCCUAAAAGCAAACACGGACGUCGAAAUCGGCGAACGCACAGAAGACUGGCGAAACCCAGAUCUCCUGGGAAACCACGCUACCCUCGUCGCAGACAACUACGGCAUGAGUAACCACAAUCCCUCAUCAUCUCCCUCGUCGUCCUCGCCAUCACCUCUUCCCAAUCCAGCUCCGCUCCUCAGCCCCGUCGCUUCAGCCAUCGGAACAGCCGGCUUAGGCGACCUCCUGCGCCUCACCAAAACCGUCGUCGAGAAAAUCGACGGCAUAGGAUUCUGGAAUUACGGUCCCGGCGUCGAAGCAGUCCGUCUAUCCGCCAUCACCGCUGCUGCUGCCGGCACAGUCGUCGGAACAAACGCUGGUGUUGGUGCUGGCCCGCUUUCCCUUCCCGGUAUACCCAAACAGCCUCAUUCGUCGGCGAUGGUGCCUGCGGCGGCGCAGCAGGGAAGAUUACUUGGGUUUGAUGAUUAUUUGGAUGGAGUGAAGGAGAUAGAGAGUUUGGUGCCGAGUCUUGUGCCGGCGAAGAGUGGUGGUGGGGGGGUUGCGUCGGGGAUAGAGAGGUCUUCGUCGACGAGCUCGGCGAGGGUCAAUGGGGUUAAUGGGGUUAAUGAGUUGGAUUAUUGGUGAUGGUGAGGACAGGGUUUGGGGUUGUUUUUGAAGGAUAGUUGACGGAUAGGCUUAGGGAUGAGCUGAGGGUUAGGGCGUUUUUGGUGUUUCAUGGUUUCGACAUCAAUGCAUAGCCCUAUGACAUGCAGGUAAUGGUUCGAUAC